AUGUCCGGAUUCAAAUUAGGAAUUGUUCGGCUUGGAAGGGCUGCGGGAAAAACAAAAUAUGCUCUCCUUGAUGAACGAGAUAUUUCUUUGGUUGAUAAUUAUGCAUUUGAGGCCAAAGUAGAAGUUAAUAAAGAUGGAGAUGGUGCCAAGAUAUUUGCUUUUGCAUACGAUGUCACCAAAGGUAGAUCAACAGGACAAUAUUUACAUGAAUUAUUGUGGGAGAAACACAGCGGUGGUAUAGCUCAAGGUUGGAAGGUUAUACAUCGUAAUGGUGUGACAGUUGAUAACAGAAUGGAAAAUUUAGUGUUACUAAAUGAUAAAUGUACUAUACCGUCCAGUGAAGAAACACCUAAUAAAAAUAGAGAACAGAGUUUAUAUUGGAUAGCUGUUCAACAACUACAAGCUGAUCCUCUAGAGGAACAUUCAAUAGAUCCUAUUUAUAACAGAUAUUAUAAUUGUAAUGGUGAAAUUUUGAUAACUGAAGAAGAUGCAUGUGUAUAUUACGAAUGUCACUACCCCCCUUGUACCAAUAUAGAAAAAGAUAUACGAGAAUUUAGUAUAUGUGGUAGAUGUCAAGAAGUGAGGUAUUGUGGUACAGCAUGUCAACAGAGAGACUGGCCUGUUCAUAAACGAUAUUGUCGAGAAAGACGACAUUUAUUAUAUAGAGAACGAUCCCCUGAACGAUAA